CUAAAGUACUUAACAAUGGUGCAAACCAUUGAGGGAUAUUAGAGAUUUUGACAUUUUAAACAAUGUUGACCAAAAAAUUAUGAUAGAUAUCACAAAAACAGCUUAAGCUAACUUUUUUUCUUUCUUUGGUGUUGCUUUGUUUAGUGGUGGAGUCCUUUAAUUUUCACUUUGGAACAAUCACAAAGAAAAUGACAUGUCCCAAAGAACAAGCUCUUCUUAAACUCUUCAACAAUGUCUCAACCUCUUUCCAGCUUCUCUUCCUACUUCUCUUUUCCAUUGCCAUUUUUCUUGUCACAUUCUUAACCUUCACUGGUAGAUUCCCCUUAAUCCAAAGAGAUCAACAAUAUGAAUAUGUGUAUUCUGAUGAAGACGAAGAAGAUGAAGAAACUCGAGAAGAGUAUUCUUGUGUUCAUUUUUCUGACAAGGAAGAGCGUCAAAGGACUCAUUCGUCUAAUUCUGAAGAAUUCAUUAGUCCGCGAGAGAGUUUUGUUGAAGACGAGUCUGAAGAAAAUGAAUGUUCUAAAACAUUGUCUACUCAUAACUCGCCGCAAGUUUCUGAUUUUGAAAAUGAAGAUGUAGAAGCAUUUCGAGAAGACUUACGAUCAAGAGAUGUUGCUGAUUCUGUUCAAAAUUAUGCUCAAUUUGAAAACAGCCCCACCUCUUCUAUGAUCAACUUGAACCUAUACAAAAGUAACAAAAACUACAAAGAUGAUCAAGUUGGUCUUGGAAUAAUUAAAAACAAAAAGGUGCAAGAAACAAGCCUCACAAGGGAUGAGAGAUUCUUUGUUUAUGCUUCUAAACAAUUGAACAGUAAGAAGUUGAUUGUUGAUGAAGAGAAAGACGACGACGACGAUGAAUCUACUUGCUCCUCUUCUGAAUGUAGAAGCUCCAUUCAUUACAGGGAUUCAGUAACUGAAGAUGAAUUUUCUACAUCAUCUAGAAGAAGUUGCCCCAAAUGGGAAUCAUAUACUUUGUUCCAAAGAUAUGAUGAAGAAAAUGCAUUCUUAGACAGAAUUAAUUCACAAAACAAACUUCAUGAAACUGAGUCAUUAAGAUCAAUCCAAAUGUCUCCAAGAUCAAUAUCAGAGCGAAUUGCGAGCAAGUUUUCAAAUAUAAACAAAAAACCAACUGAUGUAGGUCACAAUCCAUAUAGUGAGCUAGAGGCUGCAUAUGUUGCACAAAUUUGCUUAACAUGGGAAGCACUUAGUUGGAACUACUUAAAUUUUCGUUCCAAACAUGCGCCACAAUCGCGCUACGAUCUUGAUAUCGGUUGUCCUGCCACCAUUGCACAACUAUUCCAGCAGUUUCAGGUUUUGUUGCAGAGAUAUAUAGAGAAUGAGCCUUAUGAGCAUGGCAGGAGACCUGAAAUCUAUGCUAGAAUGAGGCUUUUAGCACCAAAGUUACUCCUAGUGCCGGAAUAUCACGAUUCAGAUGAAGAUCAGACGGAUAGUGAUUUUCACAGUAAGAUAUCCUCAGCUUCAUUCCUUAAGAUAAUGGAAGGUGGGAUCAGAACAUUCAUGAAAUUUUUGAAGACUGAUAAAGAAAAAUCAUGUCACAUCCUAACAUAUUACUUUAGGAGAAACAAAAGAAGCAUGGUUGAUCCAACACUACUCAAGCUAAUGAAGAAAGUAAAUCAAAAGAAAAGGAGGAAGGUAAAGGAUCUUGGUCAUUCAGGAAAAGGUUUGAGAAAGAGAAAGUUAAAGAUGGAAGAAGAGAUUGAAGUAUUAAUGGCACUAAUAGACUUAAAAGUGGUGUCAAGGGUUUUAAGAAUGAAAGAGUUAAGUGAAGAACAAUUGCAUUGGUGUGAAAGAAAGAUGAGCAAAGUGAGAGUUGUGGAAGGGAAACUUUGUAGAGAUUAUUCAACUCCACUUUUCUUCCCCUCACAUUGAUUCAACAAUCACUUGGAAUUAUUUGGUGACUGGAUUAUCAUGAAUGUGCAUGACUGCAAGAAUAUGAAUAUAUAACACUCAUCAAAUAACAAACAUUUGAUGCCUAAUAAGAUAAUUACAUAUGAAUGAAAGAUAAACGGACAUCAUUUGGUGCCUUAAUUAUGGUGAAACAAUAGAUAAACUAUGAUGAAUGUUUAUGUUAUUGAAGCAUUUUGGAAGUGAAAGAGCAAAGUCCAGAGCCAAACAAUGUGACAUUGAAGAUGCCAAGACUUAACUAGCUUGCUUACUUAGGAGAUUAUGUCAAAUUUGAGCUGAAUAAAGACAAGGAUGGACAAGAUGAAGCUGAAUAAAAUACACUCCAUCAAUGGAAAACUUGCAACUUUUUUUUAUUUUUUUUAAUUUCACUUGUAAAACUAAAUUUAUAGAAAUAUACUUUAUUAUGUAAUAAAAAAAAUAGACAAUAAUUUUUAGAAUGAUAUAGUAAAAUUGUUAAUAAUUUCUUGUCAAUUUUUUUAAUAAUUUAUAUAUGCACACUUUUAACCGAA